AUGUCGCUGCCUCAAUCGCUGAGGACGUCUGUUAUUCCUGAAGAACUCGAAAUGAUAGCUUCCCAAGAACUCGUCGAAGUGAUCCCCCUCAUUGCAAUGGAGAAGACUGUCUUUAUAUCGGGCGAAUUUGGGCCGUUACGCCCGCCGAUGAAAAGCAAAAUACCGCUUUGGAUGGCACUGAACCUGAAGCUGAAGAAGAAGUGCCAUAUAGUUGCCCCAGAGUGGCUGAAUAUCGACUAUCUGCAGGAUCGUCUGACCCGUGAGACGACCCUCCCCGAGUUCAGUGAUCUACCGUUUCGCUUCGCGGAGAUCUCGAGACUAUUACUUGACGCGGCCUCUGAUGAUAUACCUAACUCGGAUAAACUGCGACUGGUACUCAAGGAUCUCCGAGAAGCCAGGCAAGCGAAGAGUAGGGAGGGUCUCCAGCAGCUCGACCACAGCGAACUCAGUUUGCCUAAUCUGUGCUCCAUGGAAAUCAACGAGAUUCGGCCGUUCUUCAUUCGUUCGAUGGGCAUCUUUACACAGCUCCAGCGGACAACGCAACCGCAGGAAUAA